CUACUAAGUCGCAGUAUGAGAAUAAAAUUGCGUUUUGGAAUAUGCGCAAGAAAAUUACGGAUAGAGAGUGGAAUGCAAUCUUGCCUCGUGUCCAACAAAGAGCGGAUCGAGGUCGACAGACGCAUCUUGUCUUCAACGGCGUUCGCGUCGACCAGAAGCGCAUAGAAAGGGAAUUGGAUCGCCGCCGUUCGGAUUCAAGCAUGCGAGAUAGCUUUCUCCAAGGUAACACAUCCUUAUGGUUGUUGCUACAUGACUAAUUGAUGAUAGCUACGGACCCUACAACGCCACCCGGUUUUGCAAUCCAAUCUCCACCGUGCGCCACCGACGCAAAUGAGGAUGAUCCCAUGUCGAACUCGUGGCUCUCAGCCCUUGACGCCGCCGAUAAUGGCCAUCACGCUUCGAGCCCAGAACCUCAGGCCGCACCUAAAGAUACCGGUACAUCAUUCUUGACGUUUUAUUACUGCGUCCACUGCGGCGAAGGCCCGUACCAUAUCUCCCGCAGCCCAUAUUGCCCUGACUGUUUCCCCCUUAGCGACACGUCGCAGUACAACUCACACGAUCACGAUUCCACUGGAAAGCCAAACACGUUCCAUGAACUUAUAGACCCCAAAUACAAAACUCCAUAUCGUCAGCCCUAUGGACAACGUCGAUAUUGUUCACCACUAGUAUACCUUUGGGUAUGUUGUGCAUGUGGCAGCCACAAUUCGUAUAAGAUAGAUCAAGGUUGCGCAGAAUGUUGCAAUCACUGGCGUUGUAGUCAUUGUAUCCUUUAUGAUACAAACUCUUGAUGGUUAGUAUAGCAAAAGCGAAGAUGACUUCGGUAGACCAAAAGAAUGUGUUAAUAGAUGCUCAAUUUGCAGCGAGCCUGUCAUACUGUCAAAUUAGAAAA